AUGAGACCUAUUCUGCUGUCGGGUCAUGAACGUUCCCUCAACCAAAUUCGUUUCAACAAGGAUGGCGACCUCCUCUUCUCAGUUUCCAAGGAUAAGAAUGUGUGCGCGUGGUGGACCGCCAACGGCGAGCGUCUCGGAACGUAUGCUGGCCACCAGGGUGCUAUCUGGACUGUCGACGUCAGCCCCAACACUGUGAUUCUUGCGACCGGUUCUGCCGACAACACCGUACGACUUUGGAACAUUAAGACUGGCGAGUGUGUGAAGACUUGGGAGUUCCCAACAGCCGUGAAGCGCGUCGCCUUUUCCCCGGAUGGAAGCCAGCUGUUGGCUGUGACAGAGAAGCGUAUGGGUUUCUUGGGUGCGAUCGCUGUUUUGGAUAUCGCCUACGGUGACGGCGAGGGCAACAACUUGAAUGUCCAGGCCGAAGAGCCAACCUUGCGCAUUACUUGCACUGAGAGUAAGGCGACUGUUGCCGGGUGGAGUUUCUUGGGCCGUUUCAUUAUUGCUGGACACGAAGAUGGUAGCGUCAGCCAAUACGACCCCAAGAGCGGUGAGCAACUGGAGACCGCACAGGUCCACGAAUUCGACCACCAGAUCAACGACAUCCAAUUCUCUCCGGACCGCACCCACUUCAUCACCGCCUCCAAGGAUAAGUCCGCCAAGCUCCUCUCUGCCCGUAACCUCGCCAUCCUCAAAACCUACAUCGCCGAUACUCCUCUUAACUCCGCCUCCAUCACCAGCAAGAAGGACUACGUGAUUCUGGGUGGUGGUCAGGCCGCUAUGGAUGUCACAACUACCUCUGCCCGUCAAGGUAAAUUCGAGGCCCGUUUCUACCACAAGGUUUUUGAAGACGAGGUCGGCCGUGUCCGUGGUCACUUCGGUCCCCUCAACACCAUCGACGUUCACCCCAACGGUACCGCAUACGCCUCCGGUGGUGAGGACGGUUACGUCCGUAUCCACCACUUCGAUAAGGGCUACUUCGACUUCAUGUACGAGGUCGAGCGGGAGCAGCUGCGCAAGUAA